UGAUUUAGUGGUGAGAAAAGUGAAAAGCCUCUGUCUUCCCUGCUUGUAUUUUUAAAUCACUGGCUGAAUUUUCGCGUCCGAGAUCAGUUUGAAAUCAAAAUGUUAACAGUGCGGGGCCAUAGUGACAUUAACACAACACUUUCUGUCAUCAUUUCAUUAUUUUCCUGCCGUUCUCUUUGCCUUUGUAUUUCUCUUUCGCGUUGCCUUUGUCUAUUCAUUCUAGCUCUCUCGUUGUGCUUGCCGGCGUUUUUCACUAUAGUUUUCUCUCGUUCUUCUCGCCCUGUCUCUUUCUACUUGCCGACUUUCUUCGCUAAAAUUUUGUCCUCUUCUUCUACUUCUAACGCCCUCUCUUUGGCGAUCGUCGUCGCUUGCUCUACGCGUGUUGACUCUUGCUCUCUGCCGUUCAUCUUCUCUUUGCUCUCUGCUUAAAACCUGUCGUCUACACGCUAAAAUCUCUCUGCUGUUGUUUCUUUCGUAAGUUGUAAUAGAAAGUUAUAAACGCAUUGUCGAAAAAUCUUUUUCUUAAGUUGCUUUGAAAUUUAUUUUUUCAAAACUAGUUGCGCGAUAUAAUUGCGCGACGUUGCGCCAUGCGAUUUCCCGCCAAAAAAUCUCUACUUUCCCCUACCCCAAGGGUCCAUGCGGACUACUUUCCACUACCCGGAAAGUCCGUACGGACGGACGUACGCUGACGUCAUAAUCAACCUUUCUCGGAUGGAUAGUUUACCAAAUUAUCUUAGUUCUGUCGUGUUCAGAUGUGACUAAUAGAAACUAGUCUACCUCGAUCAAACCAAGCGCAGCGCGGUCUUGUUCAAAAUUAAAUCAUUCGCAUGGUAUGGGACCAGAAACGACAUUCCCCAAAUGGAUACUUCAAUGUGAGCAAUUCAACUUUAUUAGAGAAAACUUUAAUCUUUAGUUAGUCGAAGCCCAUGCUUCCUUUAGCCCAUACGCCACUUGCUUAUCUCCCAAAAUGCACCUCAUAACUCCCCCCCCCCCCCCCCCCUCCCAAAUUUUUUGCAUAAGCAUAGUUUUCAAUUUCUCUUGGAACGGGUGUAAUGCCCAGGAGAAAUGAAAAACAAAGGUUAUGCAAAAUCUUGGGAGGCAAAUAAGGUGCAUUAUGGGAGAGGUGCAAGGGGCAUAUGUAAAGGGCGCGCGAUUCAAAAUUCGCCUUGAAAACGAGGCACGCGCGGGUGUAAGAUUUAUCUCGCCUCGAAGGCGAGGCAAAACUGCAUGCGUACAGGGAAACGACGUGUAAUUCCAUUUGAUUUUUCUCUUCGAAAUAGUUUGCAAUUAACGGCUUCAAUACUUGGAGGGCUAAUAAUUCUAUAACACAUAAUUGAAUCUCUUAAAUGAGGAUGACAGAUGGAAUCAUCUAUCACUUUUCCAGUAUUUACGACGUGUAGUUCAGCGCACUCAAAUGUCCACCUGUUAACGAAUGAAGGACAAUACAUUGAAUCCUAAUCCUAAUCCUCUAAUGGAAACGAGCUGGCACGUUUCAGUCACAGCAUAUCAUGAUAAGUGCUCUCUUCCGCUAUUGAAAAGAACAGAGGUGUAUUAACAGAGGUGUAUUAAUGGCAAUAGCGCGAAAACAGGCACCGCCAAAAAAAAAAAAAGUAUCCACCAUUUAUUCGUUUAAGGGAAAUGAAAGAAAAAGUAAGACUAGUACAAUAGCAAGUGAUUUGGUGCUCCUCAAAAGUAAGAAGCCCCUGUCAUAUAAUUUCCUGUAAAAAUUAAUUGUAUUUACCCAUGUCGGUUAUUUAACAAAACGCUCCGCACUAGCACGGUUUGUCCGUCUAAUUUAAGGAAAUUUUUUCGUUUUACGAAGAAUAAAACUAGUUGCCAGUUAUCAUCUAUACCUAGCUUGAAUUUACUUUUUUUUCGAUUCAAUGCAUGUAGUUGGUGCACUAAAAGUAACUUGGUUUUUAUAUAUAAUCCUACUAGGGAACAUGUUUUGGUGCAAGACAUUAUGCAAUUAAACUUAUGAUUAUUUUUUGUUAGUCCUUGAGAACGGCACUUUUGCAAUAGCCUCUGUUAAUUAACUAGAAAUCUCGUACAACAAAAAUAAUUUCCUUUCUUAAGCAGUUAAUGAAGGAUACUCCACAUUUGUCGAUUUAUUGUUCUCGAAGAUACGAACCGUGUACACUGCAGCCAAGCACAUACAUCUCGGUAAGUGCUUUCUUUUCCUCAAAAUUCUGUAACAGUUCUGUCAGUUACUGUAACUCACAGCUGAUGGGACUUAAGGUGCUGUUAUUCAAUCUUCGUCAUAUAAUAUUCCUUAGAAAGUUUUCUGAUAAGACUGACAAUUAUUGCUAACUGAAAAAUAGAACGUGAUCUUAAGGAGUACCUUUAAAGUCAAACAGGGACACUAUUUAUCUCGGUCUUUCAACAAAAUUCUCUUGCACAGUGCGAUUCAAUUUUACGCAAUUAUAAUACAGUCCCUUUAGGGAAUCAGUCGGGUUAUUUAGUGAUGAAUUCUUCUGGAACUACUUCAAAUGCAUGUUAUCAGAACAAAAUAUAAUAUGCUAGCGACCAGUCUGUUAAGAUACCUUCUUUUAACCUAACUGGCUAUUACAGGAAAAGAGAACCUAAACGAAAAUAUAGUGAAGUUUGUGGCUGGUAGCUGGGUUUCGCUAACGUCUGAUCUUUUACUCAGCGACUUUUUUGGAACCAUUUACUUUCUCAUGGAGGCCCAAGAAAAUAAAUGUCAAAUUUCACAAGAAUUGUGAAAACGCAGGUAAAAUUCUGAAAAUUUCAGGUGUAAGAUGUCAUUUUGUGAAAUUUUACAAUUAUUUUCUCGGGCUCUCAUAAGAGAUUUUCUUUGGUGUUAUUACAGAUAACUAAUUACAUUUAUAGCCCUUGAAAAAUGUAAAAAAGAAUGCGAUACUGUUUAAAUUAUUCUAGUACAAGGUUUUUGUCCUCUGAAAAUUAAAAUUACUCAUAAAGUUUCCUGAUGGAUUCUGUCUUAAAGCCAUUACCAAACAGCAAUUUUUUUUUCUGCGCGUUUAUCUCCUCUCCUACCAACUCGAUCCACUCAGGGGUGUUUAAGCUAGUAACAUUUGUAGCCCGGGUCCUUUCUCUCCCACGCAAGCGACUUUGUCUCUGAAUUUUUAUCGCGUAAAGUGAAUUUUGCUGUUGGUGACUCUUUACCUCUCUUUAGGUUCGAGGAAAAUCUUUACGUCAUUAAUGGUGUAUAACACAGACGCAGUCGCCGUACAGUCGACCGCGGUCACAGUGUUCAUCUCAAUACUAGCAAGCAUUGACGUCGUUGGCAAUACGAUCGUUUGUUUACUUAUCAUCAAGUUCCAAGACAUGAGGUCAGUGGCCGGUCGAGUGUCCGUCAGACAUUACACUUAACAUACGAUUUCGGUUACUAUUGGUGCUUCAGACUAGUAUAAUCUUUUCGCACCUGAUAGAGUUCUUUGUUCCACGUGCGUUAUAUAAACCUUUGUUCAUUUUUUUUAAUAGUAGUGUCGUUGUAUAAAUAGCGGAGUUCUCGCGCGCGCAAAACGCGAGCAGCGGAGUACGAUGGGAAAGAAAAUUUAGUUAUCUACGAUUCGAGAAUUUUUAAUAAACACGUAACCGUACGCACGCCCGUCCGCACCACGGGCAUACCAAUGAAAAAUAAUUCAAUCAACAGGUAUAUGGCAGCCCAAAUGCAGCAAGGUUCUUUUUUGGCCGGAAAUCGUAUUGCUACCCGGACUUUUUAGUGGGAGAAAACAACAACAAAGUCAAGCCCGACUAAAUUUCAAAGUCUUUACUGACGUGGAUAACAGAGAAAGAGCUAAAGCGUUAAAUAAAAAACAAAGGAGACGAAUUUCGUUGGAAGUAAAACAUGGAAAUUGGCGGUGAGAAGAUGAGAAAUUCUAAUGACCAGCAAGGUGAAAAUGAGCGGCACUGAAAGAAAAAAAAAAAACGAACAGAAACAUAAGCAGCAAGUUUCUGGUGAGCACAUACGACAUUUCCUACAUACGAUGUGUAACUACGAAGUUUCAUGUUGUAGUCGUGCAAAACAACGUCAAAGAAAUGUCCAAAAACAUGUGCUGCAAGUGUAAAGUAUUUUUUUUUGCCUAUUAGACCUAUUGAUUUUCUUGCCGUCCUCCUUCGCAGCCCUCGCCUUUUAGCAUUACAAGAUUUUAUUUUAAUUUAAUUUUUUGUUUGAGUAAAUUAUAAGUAUAUUGGCUAAAUCUGUAUAUUAGAUGCAUUGUAUUUCAUGUUAACAGAUGAUUUCAAUUAUUUUCACAUAUCUUUGACGUAUGCAACAUUCCACUUUCAUAUAGUGUCAUAUCGACAACACAACACUGCUGCCAUGUGAACAAAAUAAGUACCGUGCAAAAUUAAGAAGCUUUUUGCCUAUUCAAAUUAAUUAAGAGUUAACUUACUUUCUAUUUUUAUUCAUACAAAAUACUUCCCCUAUUCUGAUUGGCUAAAAGCACGUGCAUAAUUCACCAUAGCCAGCUACUGAUGACCAAAUUUGGAAGAAUUUUGCGUUUAAUGAACCGCUGAUGGCAAAAGUGCAAUCUUCUUGUAGGUUAAUGCACCGUUAACUGAGAAGACCUGGGGACGAGGUUGAGUUGUUUUGGUUGUGAAAACAAAAAAUGGCGGACAUUUCACUUGUUUCAAGAGUAAGGACUAGGCGAAAUAAUAUCUAAAAACAUGGAAAGAACAGCGAGAAGACAACUCGAAAGGGCGACAUCUGCUAUUUGGAGAAUAUUUGCGGAGCUGAACAACCCUAAACGUGGACUAUCGAAGAUGAACUUAACAUCGAUGGAUCGAUGGAGGUUUUAUAAGCAUGUUUUUAAACUAGGAAUUAUUUUGAAUGAAUAAUAAAACAAUUAUUGAAUUCGGCUUUCGUAUCAUACGAAGAUCUCGCAUGGAGAUCACGGAGGGUGUUAUCCGGAGGGUGUUAUUACGGCCUCGACGGAUAACACCCUCCUCGAUCUCCAUAAUUCUUCAUAAGAUUCUCGGUCUCAUUCAUUAAUUAUUAAUUAUUCUUGUGGAUUAAUCGCUGGUUAUUGUGAAAGGCCACGCUCUUUUUUAAGAGAAAGGCACCGUGUUGGCCAAGUGAUUAACCUGCGAAGUCACUAUAGCAGAAAAGAUUUUUAGUACAUAUACUACAAGUCCGCUAAUUCUAACACUUUUAUCAUGAAAUUUAUUAUUUCAUCCCUGGAUUGCACAAGACUAGAAGCUUUACAGUUGCAUUGAAAUUUUUUUUUCUGACCAUUGUGAGAAAGAUUUCCUACGAUUCUUGGAAGUGUUACUUACAGCUUGUUUACUAAUUCCAAUACUAGGGUUCGCAUGAACUACUUAAUUCUGAACCUCGCCGCAGCAGACAUCAUAGUGGCUCUCUUUCUAGUUCCUCGUUCUAUUGUGGCGCACACUGUCAAUCACCCUGAAGGGAUCUCAGGCACAGUUCUCUGCAAAUUUCUGACCAGUGGUGUUCUUGCCUGGGUUGCACUGGUUACUUCAGUGUUAACACUGAUUAUCAUCGCGUUUGAAAGAUAUUUUGCUGUUUUGGAUCCUCAGAUUCACCAGCGACAGUUAAAUGCAUCAAGGCUAAAGGUGUGUGAAAAUGAAUCUUUCGUCAUUUUCCAAUGUGAAGAUAUUCGAAAGCUGAUAAGGGUUAGCCCUUUGUCAGUACGCUCUAGUUGGACUUGGGCUACAACAAUUACUACUACUACCACUACCACCACCACCACCACCACUACCACCGCAUCCACCACCACUGUUACCAACAGCAUCACCACCACCAUUACCACCACCAUUACCACUACCACCACCACCACCAUUACCACCACCACGACCACCUCCAUUACCACCACCACCAUCACCACCAUUGCCACCACCACGACCACCACCAUUACCACCACCACCACCACCACCACCACGACCACCACCAUUACCACCACCACCAUCAGUACCGCUAUGUUAAGUGGCUCCGUGAUUAACACAAGAGCAUUUAGCUGUGACAAAUUUUCCGUCAUAACUUUUUCGAUUUUAACGCAAUGGCUGCGAAACUUUGCAAAUAACAACAGAUAUCAUUCGGCAAUAAUACGAACUAUUCCGAUUUCAUUGAUGGUAAAUAUUUCUUGAGAAAUUAGCGCUUAAAAGGACCCUACUGUUCAAAGAAAAUCGCGUCUAGUAAAAAAUUUUGCUGAUAUUUUUACUGAAAUUUCUGGUAUCGGCUUUAAUUGAUAUAAUAAAUAUGCCAGAGGAAUUUCAGAAAAAUCGUUGGAGCAGAAGUCCGUAACUAAAAGUCGGUCAAAAUUCAGCUGUGAAAUUGUUUUGGAAUUUCAAAAAUAAAUUACUAUCAGGAAGAAGGAGACACCAGUUUCAAUUUUCGGGACAAGCAACUUCAGUGUGUUUCCUGAUUCUGAAAACAGAAGCCGAUUGCCUAUCGUGCUAUUCUUUAAAAGGUAAUUUUCAGUUUUUAGAAGCACUAUAAAUUGCUCCAAACUUUGCUCUGACAUCGAAUGACCUGUUCCUCGACAUUUUUAAAAUAUCCCUUGGCAGUUUUGGUUCAAACUCCUGCUACACACAUUUUGAUGUAUUGCAAAGCAUCUCCAACGGCUUUUCCUGCUUUACGUUGUUUCCAAUUCAGGAAAAAGGUAUUGGGAUUGUAAGCUACCUAGUAUCGAAGCUCAGAUAGAACUGUCCAGUACCUUUGUUUAUGACCAGAAAAUGAGCACGAGCGGCAGCUCUGCGAGGAAUUCGCACCUCAGCCAGGGGGGACGAGUGACAAUGAUGCCCAUGUCUGUGAACCGAUCUGUAUAAACAUGUAUUGCAGAGCAAAACAUAAUAAUCAAGAAAAAAUACCCAUUCAUUGAAGGAAGGGUGACAAAAAUUUCAGAGUUGUAAAUUGAUUCACGGGCAGUAUUUUUGCGAUAAUUUUAUUUUGCACUGUGAUGUUAUUCGGUUCACAGGCAUGGUCAUCAUUGUCGUUCGUCCCCCUGGGUGAGGUGCGAAUUCCACGCAGAACUGCAGCUCGUGCUCAUUUUGUAGUCAUAAACAAAGGUGCUGCACAGUUCUUUCUGAGCUCUGAUACGAGGUAGCGUCCAAUCUCAAUACUUUUUCCUGAGUUGGAAGCAACGAACGGCAGUAAAAGUCGUUGAAAAUGCACGGCAAUACAUCAAAAUGUAUGCAGCAGGAGUUUGAGCCAAAACUGCCGAGGGAUAUUUUAAAACUGUCGACGAAAAAGUCAUUGUACUUCAGAGCAAAGUUUGGAGCAAUUUAUAGUUCUUCUAAAACUAAAAAGUACCUUUCAAAGAAUAGCACGAUAGGCAAUCGGCUUUUUGUUUUAAGAAUUAGCAAGCGUUGAAUUUACUUGUCCUGAAAAUUCAAACUGGUGGCUCCUUCUACCUGAUAGUAAUUUAUUUUUUGAAAUUCCAAAACAAUUUCACAGCUGAAUUUUGACCGACUUUUAGUUACGGACUUCUGCUCCAACGAUUUUUCUGAAAUUCCUCUGGCAUAUUUAUUAUAUCAAUUAAAGCCGAUACCAGAAAUUUCAGUAAAAAAAUAUCAGCAAAAUUUUUUACUAGACGCGAUUUUCUUUGAACAGUAGGGUCCUUUUAAGCACUAAUUUCUCAAGAAAUAUUUACCGUCAGUGAAAUCAAAAUAUUUUGUGUUAUUGCCGAAUGAUAUCUGUUGUUCUUUGCCAAGUUUUGCAGCCAUCGCGUUAAAAACCAAAAAGUUAUGACGGAAAAUUUGUCACAGUUAAAUGCUCUUGUAUUAAUUACGGAGCCACCUUAAUGCAGUUGCUCACGUUCUAGUAAUCAUUUUUACCUGUAUUUUAGAUCAUCGUCUCAACCGUCUGGAUGACUGCUGUCGUUUUCAACCUUCCUCUGCUGAUAAGCGUCCAUUAUAAUGAACUCAGAAGCAUGUGCAUGGAUUACUGGUCUGAAAGCUGGAUGCCUAAGGCCAACAGCAUGGCGUGGGUUAUUGUGACGGGAGUAAUCCCAAUGUUUCUGAUGGCUGGAAUAUACUUCAAGGUGGUUCACUAUCUCUGGUACGAGAAUGCAGACGACGGUGACAGUGCUCAACAAGUAAGGUUUUGGUUUUGCCUUAAAUGUGAUUUUUUUGUAAGUUAGCAAACAAAGGGCAAUUUUCCAUUGUCCAUAAAAACUGCACUGAAACUGUACACCAUAUUCCGAGUGAUUUCAUUGCAAAGUCCAUCAGUACACUAGCAGCAUUCGUUUCAGGAAAGGUUACUUGGAAAAUCACUCGAGAGAUAGAGAGAAAAAAACAGAUUACCCCAUCUAACCGCUCCUCUGUAUAACGAAAGGAUUACAUUUUGUCAUGUUUCUGUUAAUAGAUCUCAGAUGACGUCAAAAUGUGGUAAGAACAAAAAUUAAAAGUGGCACACGAUCUGCAGCUAAAUAUCUUAAAAUUCAUACCUGGCUCGUGGAAUAAAACAAAAGAAAUCAUAUUGAGUUAAAGUUUUAUUUUUUAAUUAUUAUUAUCAUUAUUAUGAUGAUUACGAUUUAUAGGUGUAAUCAAAUAGGUACGAAAAUUAGGGAAUAGUUUCAAGCGCGUUUUGUCCAGAUUCUACCAAUUUCCCGAGCCUUUUUUGGACAGAAGGAAAGUGAAAUUAUUCUCUUAUUUUAUAAGUACACCAUUUGAUUACCUCUUAACCCUCGGACGUACACACAAAGUCAUACCCCCACCGUGGUACAGGGGGGGUGGUGGGAGGGGGGGAGGGUUUGAUCAGUGGAACCCCUCCCUUGAGUUUUUGAUAUGUUAAAGUACACCAGUAUUUCGAACAAAGCUUUGCUUUCAUCGAAAAGGCUUUGAUCUUCUCAACAAGAUAAACUAUAUUUUAUGGGUAGUGUCGCUGCUUCGGACCUGUGACGUCACCAAACAUGGUAGCCACCUUGGCCGCCAUCUUGGAUUUUACCAAGAAUUAGAAAUCAGGUUAAAACCGAGAGAAUUGGUAAUUUUUUGGGCUUGACAUGUAAAAUAACACAUAAGUAAGUACUUUGCUUCAUUUUAUCUACAGGCUUUGCUUUUACCGUUGAUAAAAGGUACAAAAGCAUGAAUUUUCACUCAAAAACGGCUCGACCACCUACUAUAGUAUCUCGUAAUCAUAGCAACUGAUCAAUACCAAACUUAUCUAAAAAUGCGUGCAAAGGAUAAACGAACAGCUACUGAAGACAUCAGGUGCUGAAGUUUGAUCUUCCAGGAAAAAACUCAGAAAAACCUCAUUAUUCCAACCAAACCACAAAAUAUUGUACAUGUAUUAAAGGAUUCUAAUUACCAUUUUUUGACUAGGGACGAGUGAAAAUUAACAGAAGGAUCACUAAAAUGGUGAUGACGGUCAGUGUUGUGUUUUUCAUUUGCUGGAUUCCUGCUCUGACGUCACUCUGUGUGCUGAGUUUCCACAGUGUUUCACAGAAGCAAGGCUACGCACUGCAUGUUGUAUCGACGAUUCUGGUCCUUUUUAACUGUACUGCUAAUCCUUUUAUAUACGUCCUCGUCAGUCACAGAUUCAGACGACAUUUUAAAGAGCUUGUUUGUUGCGUGGGAACAUCAUCUAAUGCUAAAGUGUAUCCCACCACCGAAGGAAAAGAUUCGGGAAGCGUACAACCAGUACAGAUUCGACUUGUCUCCUUAGCUGAUUGCUAG